AGUACUUUCUUAACCGCGCUUCCGCUCUCCGGCGGCCAUCACGCUUCUGUCAUUGCAGCGGCUUGAUCCUUGAGCAGUAAGAGCAGAGAGAUGGCAGGUCGCCGUGCAGCUGUAAAGGCCAUUGACUGGGUGGCUUUUGCGGAGAGGGUCCCACCGAACCAGAGAGCCAUGUUCAACAGCUUGAAGACCCGCAGUGAUUCCAUCGCAGCAAAACUUAGAUCCUUGCCAGAGAAACCAGCUACCAUCGAUUGGAGUCACUACAGGAGUGUUGUGGCCAAAGCAGGCAUGGUGGAUGAGUUUGAGAAGAAGUUCGCUGCAUUGACAGUCCCUGAGCCAGUGGACACUCAGACAGCAAAUAUUGAUGCCCAGGAGCAGGAAGCUGUGAGUCUCUCCUCAUACUUCAGCUAAAGUUUUUCAGUAUUU